AUGUUUUCCUCCCUGUUACCUUUGGCGGCCCUAGUCGCGCCCGCAUUUGCUGUUGUGCAGCCAUUGAACACUACAAUCGUAGGGCAAUAUGGCAACGUACCCCCGGUCUACCCCUCCCCAAAUGCAACCGGUAAUGGAUGGGGAGAUGCCUUCGCCAAAGCCCAGUCAUUUGUCUCCAAUCUGACGAUUGAGGAGAAGGCAAAUAUGGUGACAGGUUAUCCCGGCCCCUGUGUCGGGAACAUCGUUGCCAUACCCCGCCUUGGUUUUUCCGGUCUCUGUCUUCAAGAUGGUCCUCUGGCCAUCAGAGUCGUUGACUAUGCAAGCGUGUUCCCUGCUGGAGUUUCUUGUGCCGCAACGUUUGAUCGGGACCUCAUCCGUGCGAGAGGGGUUGCAAUGGGCUCUGAAUUCAGAGGCAAGGGAGCUCACGUUGCUCUUGGACCUGUUGCUGGCCCGCUUGGAAGGUCAGCCUAUGCUGGCCGGAAUUGGGAAGGAUUCUCGCCAGAUCCGUAUCUGACUGGUGUUGCAAUGGAGGAAACCAUUCUAGGCAUCCAGAGUACUGGUGUUCAAGCUUCCGCAAAGCAUUGGAUUGCAUAUGAACAAGAGACACAACGAAAUCCAACAUACGAUGACAACGGAGUGCUUAUCCAAGAAUCCGUUUCAUCCAACGUUGAUGAUAGAACUCUACACGAACUUUACAUGUGGCCUUUUGCCAAUGCCGUCAAAGCCGGUGUCGCCAGUAUUAUGUGCAGUUAUAACAGGCUAAACGGCACAUAUGCUUGCGAGAAUUCAAAGGGUCUCAAUGGUCUGCUCAAAGAAGAGUUGGGCUUCCAGGGCUACGUGGUCUCUGACUGGGGUGGAGUACACUCUGGAAUGUCCUCUAUCGAAGGUGGCUUGGACAUGAACAUGCCUGGUGGGCUUGGUGAGUAUGGUUUGUAUGAUGCACCGCUUUCAUACUUUGGUGGCAACGUGACACUUGCCGUCGCUAAUGGUACUCUCGAUAUUACACGAGUUGACGACAUGAUUACACGAAUCAUGACACCAUACUACUUCCUCGGCCAAGACAAGGACUUCCCCUCCGUUGAUCCGUCAACGGCAGAUCUCAAUACAUUCUUGCCUAGGUCUACAUGGGUUACAGAUUAUGAUUUGAAUGGGACACGCAGCCGAGAUGUUCGUGGCGAUCAUGCUAAGCUCAUUCGAGAGAUGGGUUCAGCUUCGACUGUCUUGCUCAAGAACGUCAACAACACGCUUCCACUAAAAGCACCAAAGUCGAUCGCAGUGUUUGGGAAUGAUGCCUCGGAAGAUACCCAAGGAUUUUACAACCAGGUUAACUGGGAGUAUGGUACACUCAGCGUUGGUGGUGGCUCGGGAACCGGUCGGCUGACUUCUCUUGUCACACCUCUUGAGGCAAUCAAGGCGAAGGGCGCUCUCGUGCAGCAGUUCCUUAACAACACCUUGAUUGCGACAUCCAACAUAUCGGAUCUCGUCAACCCGACACCUCCUGACGUCUGCCUUGUGUUCUUGAAGACAUACGCAGAGGAAGGUGCCGACCGACUAUCUCUGGACACCGACUGGAAUGGAAACGAGGUUGUUGCGAGCGUUGCGGCAUACUGUGCCAAUACCGUUGUCAUCACUCAUUCUUCGGGAAUCAAUAACUUGCCAUGGGCAGAUCAUCCCAACGUCACCGCUAUUCUAGCUGGCCAUUACCCCGGCGAGCAAUCUGGGAAUUCGAUUGUGGAUGUGUUGUAUGGGGUAGUCAACCCUUCGGCGAAACUUCCAUAUACCAUCGCAUUGGAGACUGAUGAUUACAACGGGCUGCCGACUACGGCGGUCAAUUCCACGGAUCCAAAUGCGUGGCAGGCCAACUUCGACGAGAAAUUGGAGAUUGAUUACCGAUACUUUGAUGCCCAGAACAUUUCAGUGCAGUAUGAGUUUGGAUUUGGAUUAUCCUACACGACAUUUGAGAUGUCGGAUCUGCAAAUUGUGCAGAAUCAAGUGGCUGGGGACGAGACUAUUCAACCAGGUGGGAAGCUUGAAUUGUGGGAGGGACUAUAUACUGUGACCAUAAAUGUUACGAACACAGGAGCAGUUGAAGGGGCAGCCGUCCCUCAGCUGUAUGUCAGCAUACCCGGAGCGCCACCCAAGCAGCUAAGGGGGUUUGAAAAGGUCAACUUGGCAGCUGGUGCUUGUAGUAGCGUUGACUUUGUGUUGAUGAAGAGGGAUGUCAGUUACUGGGAUAUUGGGGUACAAGAUUGGGUGGUGGCAGAUGGGGUAGGCGUGCAAGUGGGAUUCAGUUCAAGGGAUAUCAAAUUAGUGGGAGCUCUUUGA